AUGGAGGUUCCAAAGGAAAAUAACGAGAUUGAUGCUAAAACAGUACCAUCGAAUGAAAAGAACAAGGAGUUGGAAUCGAAAUUGAAAUUGAAGAAGAAAUUGAAGAUGAAGAAGAAGCUGGAGAAGGAAACGGAGAUUGCUCAAAAGCGUGGUGUUUGCUAUUUGAGUCGAAUUCCUCCUCACAUGGAUCAUGUUAAGCUUCGACAGCUUUUAUCUCAAUUUGGGGAUAUUCAGAGGAUUUUUCUCGCUCCUCAAGAGUCUUCUGCCAGAGUGCAAUUCAAGCGGGCACGGGCAUCUCAAAACCAAGCUUAUUCAGAAGGAUGGGUUGAAUUUGCCAAUAAAUUUGUUGCCAAGAGGGUUGCUAAUAAUUUAAAUGGUGAACAAAUAGGGGGGAGGAAGAGGUCGUCUUUCUACUAUGACCUUUGGAAUAUUAAGUACUUAAGCAAGUUCAAGUGGGAUGAUCUAACUGAAGAACUAGCCUUCAAGAGAGCUACUCGGGAGCAAAAGGUGGCAUUAGAAAUUUCUGCUGCCAAGAAAGAGAGGGAUUUCUAUAGGUCCAAAGUUGAUCAGUCACGUGCUUCGAGCGCUAUUGUGGAGAGGUUAAAGAAGAAGCAGAAGGUUCAACACGACUCAGUACAAGUGGAAAAAGUGAUUCGGCAUUUCCCUCAAACAAAACCUAUUGCUGCUGAUGCUAAACAAAGUAAACCUGAACUGUCAAAUGAUUUUCUAGAUUCAGUAUUGGGCGGCUUGUAA